AAACGACACCUAUCCUUAGAAUUCGAAACACUAUCCGCGCCGCGCUUUGCCAAACAGAAUUGAAAAUGACAUCUGAUGAUGAUGACGACGGUCUAGACCUAACUGAGAUCGAUAUUUUUCGCUUCAAACGCCCAGCAGUUCGGCAACCUCGUGGUACCAUAAUCGAAGACAAAACAAAUGCAGUUCUAGCUGUACCUAUAUCGUCCGAGCAGCUCGAGUGUGUAAAAGAAGCACCCGGACCUUCUUCAAUUGAAGAGCGGUUCCAGAACGUGAGAAAGCUAGCAAGUUCACUUCAUGAGAGAACACUGGCUCUCGAUAGGAGAACAGAGAAACGUCGCUUGAAAAGACUUGAGAAAAAAGAGGCAAAACUCGGAAGUCUCAACCCAGAUAAGACUCAACCAAAGGAACGUGAAGUAAAAGGAUCGUGGGAUGACGUCAGAGGCUACCUCAACAUUAACGAACACUUGACGGGCCCAACCCCACAGGGAAGACAUGGACCCAAGACAGAACUGGAAUGCAUGGUCGAUGCUGCGAUUGCGGAAGGUGAUUUUGAGAAAGCUGAAAUUCUAAGCGACAACCUCUCAAACUCUCAGUUCGCGGUGAAAAUUGCUGAUGCUUUUGCUGCAAAACGCUACGCAGAAGAGCUCAAGGUGGAGAAGGCCAGAGAAUACAUUAAGAAACAAAAGAAGCUUCCAUGGGGGUUUGAAGCAAAGGAAAGAUGGGAAAUGAAAGGAAAUAUGUAAUGAAAAGGAAAUGCACAUCUUUGUGCAUCAUGGAUGUGAGUUCCACUUUGAGUGAAUACUGGUGAUCGUCCUGCGAAGUCACUGAUCAUGAGGCAGUGAUGUCACAUUGACAUCAUCCUCUAGAGGCUGAUGAAAAAGGAGUGCCCAUGAGUGUAAAAGGUUAUCAAGGUAGAUAUCUAGAUCAGCUCAACCUCACUACCAGAUGGGAUAAAUAUUUUUCAAUCAAGUAGUGUCAGCCACAUACUUUUGCACAAGCAGAUGCUUCUUGAAUAAAUUAUAAAUUAUAACUUA